CUGAACGAAACAUCGACAUCUGGCAACAUUGCGGUCAAGUGACAGAGACAGUUAAUUUGUCAAUUAAUCAAAACGUCAAGUCUUCUCAAAUUUGGGAAAUAGCGUGUUUUCCUAAAUUUCAUUGAUUUCGUUCACAUUACAUCUCCUCUGCCUGUUUCAAAUAUGUCUGGCCGUGAAGGUGGCAAGAAGAAGCCCCUAAAGGCGCCAAAGAAAGAGUCUAAAGACCUUGACGAGGAUGACCUAGCCCACAAACAGAAGUUGAAGGAACAGCAAAAGGCCCUACAGGAGGCGAAAGCAAAGGCUUCACAGAAAGGUCCUUUAGCGACUGGAGGUAUCAAGAAAUCCGGCAAAAAGUGACACAACUACUUUUAACUUAACUUAUAGGCUAUAAAUUCUAAUGUAAGAAUUAUUAAAAAGAUCUUUGUUGUUUUAAUUUGAUUUUAUAUUACAGCAUAAACUAUGGAUAUUGACUAUCAUGUAACUGCGUACUGCCACAAUUAGGCCCAAGUAAACGUUUAUAACUUACAUACAUACCAAACUUGUAACAUGCAUUUUAUAUAAAUAAAACAUUUAAUAUCAAUUUA